CCGCCAUGUUUCUUUCGAAAGAACAACUAGAAUUCGUGUUGUUUGCCGUGUCAGUGGCUCUAGUUUGAUACUGAAUCGUAACUAAAUCUUAGCGUCCGCUGUGUACGCAGUGAAAAGCGACAAAAUAUGCCGCGGUCUCCACCCUCAGACCACCACCGAUCUCGUCACCGCGGCGAUCCGUACCAGGACUUCGGCCAUCAAGCAAGGAGCAAACACGGCUACGGCAGUUACAGAAUUUUGCUGGUGAGCAAUCUCAACUACAAAGUGAACGAUAACCUCUUGCGCCAGGCACUCGAAGACGAAUUCGGCCGUUUCGGCGACCUCACCGUGAAACUCAACCAUGACAGCGGCGAACGUGUAGCUUACCUCUACUUCCGAAGCUAUGAAGAAGCCAAAGAAGCUCGCCACGCUAAGUCACGAAUGAUUCUAUUCGAUAAGCCGAUUCACAUCGAACCGAUCGUCGAAGAACCUCCUCCGAGACGGAAACGCACUCCCAGUCCUCCGAUGGACUAUCGAGGCAUGUCUCCGGUGAGUCGUCGCCGUGCUCCGAGUGUCGACCGGAUGCAUGUUUACCAUCGGAGUACUUCCGAUCACCACGGUCCGCCGCCUUUCCGCCGAAACGAGAAGAAAGAGAAGUUCCCGAAUUAUUUGCACCAUAUUCCACCCGAGGAAGACGACAAGGCUACUCGGACUCUGUUUGUGGGCAACCUCGAAGUGACUAUCAGUGAGGCAGAACUACGUAGAUUGUUCGAGCGGUACGGCGUCGUCGAAGACAUCGACGUCAAGCGUCCGCCUCCCGGUCAGGGCAACGCGUAUGCGUUCAUCAAAUUCCUCAACCUGGACAUGGCCCAUCGUGCUAAAGUUGAGCUGUCCGGACAGUAUAUCGGUAAGUUUCAAUGCAAAAUCGGCUACGGCAAAGCGACGCCUACGACCCGGAUCUGGGUCGGUGGUCUCGGUAACUGGACUUCCCUCGGGCAUCUCGAGCGAGAGUUCGAUCGCUUUGGCGCCAUCAGGAAAGUCGACUUCGUCAAAGGUGAAUCGCAUGCGUACAUACAGUACGACAGUAUCGACGCGGCACAGGCGGCGUGUCAGGAAAUGCGAGGUUUCGCACUGGGCGGUCCUGACAAAAGACUCAGGCUGGACUUCGCCGAUCCCGACACUUACGCCUUCGGAAGCGGCAGCGGGGGAGGUGGCUACCCGAACGGAGCCAGCCCCGGUGAAGAUGGCGGUGGCGGCGGUAGUUAUCGCGCAUCCAGACGAGCACCUCCUGAAGAUUCGUCGUUCUAUAGCCGAGAAGAGGGUGAGUACUCGAAUGGUCGCAAACGACCGCAUACGCCAGACAACGGCGAUGCCAAGUACAGCAAAUACCGUCGAGGAUCCACGUCCCCCUCCGACGGCAGGCGUCACCCUUCAUUCUCACCUAAGGAUUUGAAUAUCGACAAAGAACGCAUUUCGAUCGCCGACUCGGUGUCGUCGAUCCUCGACCUGGCCAAGUGUUGUCCGGUCGCAUGGAACGGCUCCCUCAUCCUGAAAAGUUCGUCCUUCAGCACUAAAAUGCAUUUGUGCUCGGGAGAUUCGGCGCUCGUCGACCAACUCAUCAAAACUCAAUGCCUCCGGAUCACUCAGCGUCUCCGACUCGAUCAAUCGAAGCUCGAGGACGUUCAGAAGCGCGUAACAAACGCGGGUGCCGAUGGCAGCUGUAUACUUCUGACAAUGGCCGGUAACGGAUCAACACCAGCGGACGCGGGAGACGCUCAGGCAAGACCUCUCAAGAAUCUUGUCGGUUACCUUAAGCAGAAAGAGGCGGCCGGUGUUGUGACUUUGGCAGUGAAGAAAGUCAAAGAGCUCGCUACGUCGGCGGUCCUGUACGCGUUCCCGCCAUGUGACUUCGCGUUCGAUCUCCUCAAGAAAAUUGCACCAAAUCUAACGGAUGCAACCAACCAGGGCAAGGACGACUACCUCGUCGUUGUUGUCGUCAACGGACAGUGAGUCCGUCUCGUUCCGCAGCCAUCCGUCUACGGCUCGAUCGGCAUCGGCAUAAUAAGCUCGAACGGAAAACACGCGAGAAGUUUCGCUACAGUGUCACACGUUAAAGAAAAAAAAGUAAACAAUCAACCUAUGAAUCCCGUAAUCAAAUUCGACGACGACGUCAGCUCGACGAACGACACCCUCAUCAUCAUCAUCAUCAUCAUCAUCGUCAACGAUGACAACAACCUCCAGAUAAGCCCCAUGUUCUCUGGAUGAAGAACUCCACUGGUGAAGUUUCGAUUAUUUUACAGUAAUGUACCCUCAUUCAGUUCCAAGAUUUUGUUCUUCUCGCUCUCUUCCCAUCUCGUCCAUUAAAUGAUUCUCUCUAUCGAUCUAUAGAUCGUUUGCAGUCCUGCUCGCAUCGUGUCCAAACAGUUUUA